AUGCAUACUGGAGAAAAACCCUAUGAAUGCCAUGAAUGUGGGAAAACUUUCAGCCAAAGUUCAUCACUUACUCAACAUCAGAGAAUUCAUACUGGACAAAAACCCUAUAAAUGUACAGAAUGUGGGAAGGCCUUCUGUAGGCACACACAUCUUACUCAACAUCAAAGAAUUCAUACUGGAGAGAAGCCUUAUGAAUGUAGCAAAUGUGAGAAAUCCUUCAGUGACCGAUCAUCCCUUAGUCAACAUCAGAGAAUUCAUACUGGAGAAAAACCCUAUGAAUGUAAAGAGUGUGGAAAGGCCUUCAGUCAGAGAACACAGCUUAAGAAACACCAGAGAAUUCACACUGGAGAGAAGCCCUAUGAAUGUCAUGAAUGUAGAAAAACCUUCAUUCAGAAAUCUGGUCUGUCUUACCAUCAGAGAAUGCAGUCUGAAGGGAACAACUAUAUCUGUAAUGAAUGUGGGAAAGCCUUUAGUAGGAAUUCUUGCCUUAUUUAUCAUCAGUUUAUUCAUGAUAGGAAGAAACUUUAUGAAUGUAAAGUAUGUGGGAAGAUCUUCUCUCAAAACUCAUCUCUUAUGGAGCAUCAGUUCAUUCACAUGGGAAAGAAAUCUUUUGUAUGCAAUGAGUGUGGAAAAUCCUUCUUUUUGAGCAAAAGCCUUAAAAGACAUGAGAGAAUUCACAUGGGAAAAGAAAUCUCAUGAAUGUGAUGCAUGUAGAAAAUGUUUAGUUAUGCGUAGUCCCUUUUUAAAAGAGAAUAAAAGGUGAAAAAAUACUGCCAGCACAGUGGAUAUGGAUAAUUCUGUUAUAAUUUAAUGGGUUUUAGUAGGAAGAAAACUGGAUAUGGAGUUAGAAGACCUGGGUUUAUGCCCAGACGUCAACAUUCUUUCACUAUGUGAUCUCAGGAAGCCUGCUUCAUUGCUCUUGUGCCUUGGGGCUAUAUUGGAAAAAAAAAAAAAGGUCUGUCAGAUUGAGACUCAGUUCAAUGAAUGUGUCCAAAUAUGUAAAUAUGGAUAUAUCUAAUAUAUAUGUAUAUAUAGUUAUAUUCUCUAAACUCUGAGAAUGCAAAGAUGACAGAUACCUUACUGUCAAAGAACUCACAAUCAAAUGGAUUGAGGGAUAAGCCAAACACAUGUAACAGUGAUGUAAGAUGGAAUAAGUGCAAAGGAGAGCUACAUGUGAAGUGCUAUGGGAAAUUUAAGGAGAAAUGAGAGAGCCUUUUAUUUCUGAGGUUAAAGCAAGCUUUUAUGUAAGAUCAAGAAGGUAGAAUGGAGUUGGACCUUGAUGGAAGCAAAAGGACUUCAGUAAAUGAAGGUAAACCAAGGGGCCAUUUGUAGGUACUGGAGAAGACUGACAAAGAAGAGGCUAGGAUGAGAAUAGAGAACCAUGAGUAGUCUUAUUUGGCUAAAUCAUGUAAUAUCUGAAGGAGAAUAUUGUGAUACAAUGUUUCAGCUUUACUCACUAGGCAAUGGAUAACCUCUGAAGGUUUCUGAGUAGAAUAGUAAGAGAAAUCCAUUAAGAUUAGAGGAUUGUAGAUUUAGAGCUGAAAGGGAUCAUAGAAUCCAACAAAUUUAAUCCUUUUUAUUUUGUAGGUGAGGAAACUAGGAUCCAAAAUGUCUUGCUCAGGGUCACACAUCAAGCAAAUAUUUAAUGAGAAGUAGUGAGGAGGAAGAGAUUAUAACCUAAUGUUGGCAGAGAGAAUGGAUGAGAGAGUUGUUGGGAGUAUAAAACCUACUUCACUUGACAACAGGUUAGAUAUAGGCAGUAAAGGAGAAGAAAGAGAAAAGAUGCCCCCAAAACGACCAAAAGGAAGAUAGUUAUUUUAAAAAAGGAUUCCUAAGGGGACAGUUUUACAGGAAAGAUAAUGAAUUCAGUUUGGGACAUGUUGAGUUUGAAGCACAAGUAGGAUAUAUGGGUAGAAAUACCAAUAAUUUCCCACUUUCAUGACACAGUGAUGUAGAUUGAUUUUUGACUGAGAAGUCAGGAAAACCUAGAUUCAAA